AUGACAGCUCAUAAACAAACUGCAAUUUUAUCUGUCUAUGAUAAGACUGGUUUAUUAGAUCUUGCUAAAGGUUUAGUUGCCGCCAAUGUUCGUAUUUUAGCUUCUGGUGGUACUGCCAAAUUAGUUCGUGAAGCUGGUUUCCCAGUUGAAGAUGUUUCUUCAAUUACUCAUGCACCAGAAAUGUUAGGUGGUAGAGUUAAAACUUUACAUCCUGCUGUUCAUGGAGGUAUCUUGGCAAGAAAUUUAGAAAGCGAUGAAAAAGAUUUAGCUGCUCAAGGUAUUGAAAAAGUUGAUUAUGUUGUAUGUAAUUUAUAUCCAUUUAAAGAAACUAUUUCUAAAGUUGCAGUAACUGUUGAAGAAGCAGUUGAAGAAAUUGAUAUUGGUGGUGUUACUCUUUUAAGAGCUGCUGCUAAAAAUCAUGCAAGAGUUACCAUUUUAUCUGAUCCAAAAGAUUAUGCUGGUUUCUUGGAAGAAUUAAAAUCAGGUGAAAUUAGUAGUGAAACUAAAAACAAAUUAGCUUUAAAAGCUUUUGAACAUACUGCUGAUUAUGAUGUUGCUAUUUCUGAUUUCUUUAGAAAACAAUAUGCUGAAAAUGUAUCUCAAUUACCUUUAAGAUAUGGUGCUAAUCCUCAUCAAAAACCAGCUCAAGCUUUUGUUGCUGAAGGUGAAUUACCUUUUAAAGUCUUGAGUGGUUCUCCAGGUUAUAUUAACUUAUUAGAUGCAUUAAACUCUUGGCCAUUGGUUAAAGAAUUAUCUGCUUCUUUAAACUUACCUGCCGCUGCAUCUUUUAAACAUGUUUCUCCAGCUGGUGCUGCUGUUGGUUUACCUUUAACUGACAUUGAAAAGAAAAUUUAUUUCGUUGAAGAUAUUGAAAACUUAUCUCCAUUAGCUAAUGCUUAUGCUAGAGCUAGAGGUGCUGAUAGAAUGUCCUCUUUUGGUGAUUUCAUUGCUUUAUCUAACAUUGUUGAUAAACCAACUGCCCAGAUUAUUUCAAAAGAAGUUUCUGAUGGUGUUAUUGCUCCAGGUUAUUCUGAAGAAGCUUUAGAAAUCUUAAAGAAGAAAAAGAAUGGGAAAUAUUGUAUUUUACAAAUUGAUCCAAAUUUUAGUCCUGAUAAUUUAGAAUCUAGACAAGUUUAUGGUAUUACUUUACAACAAAAAAGAAAUGAUGCCAUUUUCAAAGGUUCUUCAUUCAAAGAAAUCGUUUCUAAAAAUAAAGAAUUAACUGAACAAGGUUCUAUUGAUUUAACCAUUGCCACUAUUGCUUUGAAAUAUACUCAAUCCAAUUCUGUUUGUUAUGCCAAGAAUGGUAUGGUUAUUGGUUUAGGUGCCGGUCAACAAUCUCGUAUCCAUUGUACUAGAUUAGCCGGUGAUAAAGCCGAUAAUUGGUGGUUAAGACAACAUCCAAAAGUUUUAGGUUUUAAAUGGGCUAAAGGUGUUAAGAGACCAGAAAAAUCAAAUGCAAUUGAUUUAUAUGUUACAAAUCAAAUUCCAACUGAAGAACCAGAAAAAUCAGAAUAUGAAUCUAAAUUUGAAACUAUUCCAGAACCUUUAUCUUCAGAAGAAAGAAGUGAUUGGUUAAAGAAAUUAAAUAAUGUUGCUUUAUCUUCUGAUGCAUUCUUCCCAUUCCCGGAUAAUGUUUAUAGAGCUGCUAGAUCUGGGGUUAAGUUUAUUGCUGCUCCUUCUGGUUCAGUUAUGGAUAAGGCUGUUUUCAGUGCUGCUGAUGCUAAUGAUAUUGUUUAUGUUGAAAAUCCAAUUCGUUUAUUCCAUCAUUAA